AUAUAUAUAUAUAUAUAUAUAAACAGGUAUCUAAAGCUAUAUUUUUUUCUAUUUAAACGUGGAAGAUUGAAUUUUAAACAUGACAGUCAAAACUACACUUAACUUUCACUGCGGAAUGAUGUUUCUUCGUAUAACAUUCAUCUAUUAAAAAAGACAACAAGAUGAAAAUUCAAAUGUUUAUACACCAAUGUCAUUGUUCGGUAUCUCGUCCUGGUUGUCGGUGGCAUUACAUUAUUUGCAUCGGUUGUGUAUAUUAGAUUUUAUAAGUUAACUGUGGAACGUCCAACCAACAGCCUAUAUCUAAUGUCUCAGUGUUCUCCUUUAAUUAAAAAAAUGUCAUGGGGCUCUAUUACAGUGGAAACAGUAUCCGAAGAUGGUACUAUCAAUCCUAAUAAAUUAGUUACAUAUAGAGAUGCAAAACUCUGGCCAAAAGGAAGUCGUGCAUGGGAUUGGAAUGAAACAGGUACUGGUCACUUUAGUGGAAUACAAAAUGCAGAUGUCGAUGAAUUACUUCAUCAUAAUCCUAAUAUUAUUAUAUUAAGUAGAGGUGUUCUAUGUCAACUGAAAGUACCACAAAUGUUAAUUGAUUACAUCAGUCAAACGAAUUCCAAUGUUAAAGUGAUUGUUGAAAGCAGUAAAAAAGCAUUUAAAUUAUACAAUCAAUAUGCAAUCGAAGGUGAACGUGUUGCUGCUUUAAUACAUACAACUUGUUGACAUUCAUUUACGCAGACAGACAGACAACAAAUUCAUAUUUGCUGCAAUAGUAAAAUAGCAUAUCUCUUUGACCGUCUUUGAAAAUAAUCUCUGCUUCCCCGCAAUAAUACAACAACUACUACUUCUUUUUCUUGUUACCACCAUAUUUUGCCUACUAAUUUUUUUUAUCUUACUUCCCAGUAUGCAUAUCACUCUGAGACAUUCUUAUUUAUAUAUAUACAUAGAUUUCAUAAUUAUUUAUUUUUCAUUAUUUAGUAGUUACACACAUACACAUUUUUAUUAAAACACCAUUUAUUUUUGAAUCAUAUUUUUUUCCACUAUUGAUAUAUAGCAUGGUUGAUACCUCUAUUUCUGAUUCACUGUGAACUCACUUGUUAGUACAAAACAAAAUAUUGAUAUAAAUUGCAUGCAAAGAGUAUUGAAAGAUACUGAGACGCUUUUCAAUUAUAUAUAUAUAUAUAUAUAUA